AUGGAAAAAAGGUUCAACGAACUUUGUUAUGCGUGUAGAAUUGGAGAUACUGAUAACGUUGAUCGUUUAGCUUCUACCGGUGUCAAUCUGAACUCGGUAGAUGAAUUUGACAACUCGCCACUGUUUCUUGCGAGCUUAUGUGGUCAUGAAGAAGUGGUUAAAUUGCUCCUCAAGAGAGGUGCAGUUUGCGAUAGAGAUCGUUAUGAGGGUGCUCGUUGUGUAUACGGCGCUUUAACGGACUCCAUACGGGACAUUCUUCUGAAAUACGACAUAUCAAAGGCAGUUGACGUUAACCAGCCAUUCGUUAUGCACAUUUCGUCGCUAAUGAAGAAUCAAUUACCUGCGACACAUGAUAUAUGCCUAGGAACUACCCUCGGGAACCAAGAGCGUCUGAACCUUCAUAGAUUCAUUUUAAGUGCUAGAAGCCCAAGUUUAAAGGAAAACUUUCAUUCGGUAUGGAAGGAAAAGCAUGAGAUUGAUAUAACGCAAAAUGUAUCCAUUAGAGUAACCGAGACGCUAGCCAAAUUCAUCUAUCUGGUACCUGUAUUGCACGAAAUUGAUCCUAAGGACUUCGACUGUCUGACGAGCAUGGCCCGUGAUUGGCAAAUGUCAGAGCUUGAAGACUUUCUCCAUAGAGUGAGGCAUGUAGUAGAUCCUUCCGACAAAUCUACAAUGAUGGCUGAAUAUCAGUUCAAAUUCACUGAAGAUGCUCGAUUGCAGUUUAAAUCUUUAGUAGAUGAUGAAAUACUCAAAAAUAUCCAGGACGUGGAUGCGGAAACUUCUUUGGAGGCUUCGAGCGUCGUUGAACGAUUUGCAACAUGUUCUGCAUUCCCGGACCUUAUAGUUGUUGUCGAGGAUUCUGAUAAUUCUAAGCGGCUCUUCCCAUGCCAUCUGGCGAUCUUGAGUCGCUGUAUUUAUUUCAAGUUAAUGUUUACUCUCCCAUUUUCUGAGCAAGCCACUUACAAUCUAAAGAGAGAAGGUCGAAGUGCACACUCGAGAGUUAUUCCGUCAGUUUUCUUUCCUUCUUGUGAAUUUGAAGUGGCCGAAAUAAUACUGCGGUACCUGUAUUACGACAGCUCGGAUAUACCAUGGCAGUUUGCAAUUGACGUACUGAUGACGGCCGACCUUCUUCUCGAAGACAGACUGAAAUCAAUGGCUGCGGUCGUGAUCACACAGUCCAAAGAGAUUUUAGAGAACUACUCGAUUUUCGACAUAUUAUAUGUCGCCUGGAAAACCAGAAUGGAGAGAUUGGAGCAUUAUGCAGCGAAGGUUGUAGCACUUGAUAUGAAGUACUAUGCCAAACACCCCGAACUCAAGCAGGCGAUAACACUCAGCUCACGGCGAAUAUCUGCCAGAGAGGAAACCGAUUCAAUCGAAUUUGUUGAUGACAUUAGAUACUAUUUACUUGAGAAGUAUUCCUUUGAACCCGAUGAUAUUGACUUUUUGAGUAAAGAAGACGAUACAGACCUACUUGAAGCGUCAGGAAUAACAGAAUAUAAAGAAGAUGUUGCGGUUAUUGAAAAUGUCCUCGACGAGUUGGCGCUUCAGGCAUAA